AGAACGGAUCGCGAUGCGUAUCUUCCAGGGCCCAAGAAAUUCAGAUAUUCUGACGUCAUCCAAAAUUCCAAAUCCAUGGCGACCUCACCGCGAUCCCCGCCGGGGGCGCCCCCUCCGCCGGAGUUCGAGAUCUCGCGGCAGUCCCGUCUCCUCGCGGCGCUGUCCAAGAAGGUGAUAGAUCUCGAUGAGCUGAGGAUGCUGGCUGCUCAGGGGGUCCCUGACGGCGCCGCCGUCCGUCCUACUGUGUGGAAGCUGUUGCUGGGCUAUUUGCCGAGUGAUCGUGCCCUGUGGGAGCAGGAGUUGGCAAAGAAGAGAUCACAGUACGCAGCCUUUAAAGAAGAAUUCCUUAGCAACCCUAUGGAAAUUGCACGGCAACGGGAAUUAGAAGGCCAAGGGAGUGAGAAUGCAGGGAGUAUAUAUAAUGGGUUACUUCAUAGAUCAGAGGUUACACAAGAAGAGCACCCAUUGAGCCUUGGGAAGACAACUGCAUGGAAUCAGUUCUUUGAGUAUUCAGAGAUUAUCGAGCAAAUUGACCGUGAUGUGAAGCGCACUCACCCUGACAUGCAUUUUUUCUGUGGAGACUCAUCUUUUGCAAAGUCCAAUCAGGAAUCUCUGAAAAAUAUACUGAUUAUCUUUGCAAAGCUGAAUGCCGGAAUACGUUAUGUACAAGGGAUGAAUGAAAUUUUGGCACCUCUCUUCUUUGUGUUUCGGAAUGAUCCAGAUGAUAAAAAUGCUAACUUUGCAGAAGCUGAUUCUUUCUUCUGCUUCAUGGAGUUACUUAGUGGGUUUAGAGACAACUUCUGCCAGAAACUAGACAACAGUGCUGUUGGCAUUCAAGGUACUCUCUCAAAACUGUCGCAACUUGUUGCGAAGUAUGAUGGAGAGCUUCAGCGUUAUUUGGAAAUAACAACAGAAAUUAAUCCUCAGUUCUACGCAUUCCGGUGGAUUACGCUACUGUUAACCCAGGAGUUCAACUUUGCUGACACUAUUCACAUAUGGGACACACUAUUAAGUGAUCCUGAUGGUCCUCAGGAGACCUUGCUCAGAAUCUGCUGUGCAAUGCUGAUUCUUGUCCGAAAACGCCUAUUGGCUGGUGAUUUCACUUCCAAUCUCAAGCUCCUGCAGAACUACCCCCCAACAAACAUCAGCCACCUCCUUUACGUCGCAAACAAGCUGCACUGAACUCAACUGAACCUCGUCUGGAAGACCUGAAACACACUACCCCUGCUACAAUGUAUUCGGUAAAAACUGUGACUGCAUUGCAGAACCACGUACCAUUACGAAUGCUAAUCACAGCCAGUCCAUUAAUAAAAUAAUUUGGAUCCCUACCUGCUUGGGAUUCCAGUUGCACAUUGUGCCCUCAUCCAGGAUUCCAGUUUGACAUGGGCAGCACUGUAACAGUGAUCAUCCGUCUGUUACUACUGCUAGUGCCAUUCUCCUGUGCCUCCUCAUCAAAAGUCCACACAUGUUAGAAAAACAUUUUGGCUGUGUUUAGUUCAGCGUAAAGUUUGGAUUUUUGUUGAAAUUGGAGAUGAUGUGACUGAAAA